GAGAUGAUCAUAGGAGUGGGAGAAAUCAAGCCGAGAGAGUUUUACAAAACCAAAAUGAAACUACAAACUCGUCGGAGAAAGUGAGAGCUAGGAGGCAACGGGUUUGUGUUUAACGUUUGGGUUACUCAGUUUGUUGUGUGGUGUGGCAUGCGGAGCGCGAGGUUUUUCAGAGAGUAAGGAGUGUAAAUGUGCGUUUAGCCGGGCGCCAGUCGUUGGACAUCGACGCCGGCUCCUGGACCGAGCGUUCGCGAUAAAAAUUAUAAACACUCCUCUUACAAUAAUUUCAAGUCCGAGUCCUCUUAGUACAUUCUGUUCCUCGGGAUGAGAAAAUAAUCCUAACGAAAAUGAUUGAAGAUAUUAAUAGACAAAAUAAGUGAUAUCUGGUUUUUUUUUCGGUGAUGAAGAGGAGAAAAUUGAAGUGAAGUUUUUAGGAUUGUUUUUUAUUUAAUCGAAAAUUGGGGAGAUGUAUUACCGGUGAUUGUGAAGAUCAUUAACAAGAACUGAAGAUUACAACGACGAACAACAGAUUUGGAAGAUUGGAUUUAUCGUCUUGGAAAACAAUGAGAUCGUCAAGAAAGGAGUGCUGCUGGUACAUCAUUACAUUUCUGUUGAUGAUAGAAUGGGUAUACACAGAGGUGCGAGUGCCAUCGGAUACCAAGAGCAAUGUUAUGCAAACGCCAGUAAAUCAAACGAAUUUUCGAUUAUUGAGGCGAAGAAGAUUCGUGAGAUUUCCAGUGCCCGGGUAUUUCGAGGCAUUGCCGAGUGGUAGGGGUGUCUACCCGAUCUCCCGAUUCUCCCCGAUACCGGGAUCAUCCUGGCGGCAGUCCAAGUCAUACUGGAGGCAAUCAGCGGCACCGGUUAUGGCCCACAGGAGCCCCAGGUUGAUAUUCAGAGAUGAGUUUCCCACAUUUCCAGGCUCUGGGGCUGGAGCAUCUUUCUUCCAGUCGAGUAAUCAUGUGUCACCGGAGGUUGACGACGAGUUUAGAGAUCACCGGAAACAAAUUUACAGUGAUUACCCGAAGGUUGAUACAGAAAUACCGCGGAAUGAAAAAAAACCAUCGUGGCAGGGUGACGAUACAUUGUGCGCUGACGGAAGGAGCUGUGAAUUUUUUCUUAAAUGCUGGAUGACAUCCGGUCUGUUGGAUGGCAGUUGUGGUGGUAUAAUGUACGCAUGUUGCCAUCGUAAAGAUAAAAAAACUAGCAAUGAUUUAAAUCUCGUUGAUGCGCCUAGAGAACAGUUGCAUCAGCAGUUUGAUUUGGACGGAUUUACGGACACAGCGAGUGACGAGCAGUGUGGAAUUUCAUCGACGAAACAGACCGCCCAGAGAAGAAUUGUGGGUGGUGAUGAGGCAGGAUUCGGAAGCUUCCCCUGGCAGGCUUAUAUUCGCAUCGGAUCGAGUCGAUGUGGAGGAACUCUUGUCAAUCGCUACCACGUGGUGACAGCAGGACAUUGCGUAGCCAAAGCCUCUGCUCGUCAAGUGCAAGUGACCCUGGGGGAUUAUGUUGUUAAUUCAGCCUCGGAGAGCCUUCCGGCUUACACUUUUGGAGUUCGGGAGAUACGGGUGCAUCCGUACUUCAAAUUUACCCCGCAGGCGGACAGGUUUGAUGUGGCUGUCCUCAGGCUUGACAGACCCGUCCACUAUAUGGCACAUAUUUCGCCGAUUUGUUUGCCGGAUAAGAAUGAGGACUUCCUGGGGCAAUACGGUUGGGCGGCCGGGUGGGGAGCUCUCCAAGCCGGCUCAAGACUCAGACCUAAGACUCUACAGUCGGUAGAUGUACCAGUAAUCGAUAACAGAGUGUGCGAAAGAUGGCAUAGGACCAAUGGAAUAAACGUUGUCAUCUACGAUGAGAUGAUGUGUGCUGGCUAUCGAGGGGGUGGCAAGGACUCGUGUCAAGGGGACAGCGGAGGUCCUCUGAUGCUGGAAAGGACCGGUCGCUGGUACCUCAUCGGCAUUGUAUCGGCAGGAUACAGUUGUGCGCAGCCGGGACAGCCGGGUAUCUACCAUCGCGUAGCUAAAACUGUUGACUGGAUUACAUAUGUCAUUAACUCAUAGGCAAAUCCAAAAAGAGAAAGAUCGAGUCCAGUGGCGAAGUGGUACAACUGGAAAGUGACUUUUGAUGGAAAAUUCGCCGUCAAAAAUGUUUUUUUCUUUGCUUUUUCACAUUUUCCCCAAAGACACUAAUUCCAAGAGAAUUUAGUAAUUAAAUUACUGAAAUAUCUGGGAUAUCUUGAGUGUGAAAAAAAUGACGACAUCAAAACAUUUUUUGUCGGACUUUUAAUUAUGAAAGAAAUUUGAAACCAAUUCACUGGCAAAAUGAAUGAACCAUGUACCAUUAGAAAUGGUGAAACAGGCUCAUCACAGUUUAUCACUUACUCCGUUGAAUUUCUAAUUAGAGAGUAAAUCGUUUUCCCAUCUUCAAAUAUUUAUUCACCAACUCCCUCCUUAAAUUCAGAUGAUUUUCUGAAUGGAUCCCACGCCCAUCUCUCCACAUGCCAAAACUUCUGGUAAGAUUAAUUCUAUCGUAAAUAUAUGAAUUUUAACACUGAAUUCAUCCAAUGACAAGUCCAUUAACAAAUCCACGAGACGAAUUUGUAUAAUAAAAAAAAACAUCAAUGUUAUUAUUCCAAGUGGGCAGAAUAUUUAUAAAUUAUUGACGAAAAUUUCUCCUUUUUGUAAAAACCGCAAAUAUCCUGACUAUUUAAUAAUUGUGAUAUGCGUAAAACCUGUUCAUUGUAUAUAGUAAUAAUAAAAUAUUUUUUGUUAUAUCGUUGAA